UAGAGCAUUGGCAUUUACUGCUGAACCUUACGAAUGUAUAGUAUUGUUAUGGGAAUACUCUUGCUGAUUUUAAAAUUUUAAUUAAAGUGUUCAUCAACUCUGAUAAGGAAUACAGUUCUUUAGGACUAAAACAUGCUGAAAAACGUCAACCGUCGUAUCAAAAGACCCAAACACAGACAUCUGGUUGAAGAACCUAUAUCAACAUACAAAGGAAAACUGGUGUCUCAGGCACAUUUGGAUUAUGUCUACGUACACCCAGGGGGCUCUAACUACUCAAACCCAUGUGUGGCUCCACCUGGCCUGAAUGCCCAUGCAGGGGUGGGCUUGGCACCGGAGCACAUCCCUACAGCAGGGGCAGCACUGAGCUGGCAGGCUGCUAUUGAUGCAGCACGGCAGGCCAAGCUGAUGGGCACAAGCGCACCAAUCUCCACUACCAGCUCCACACAGCGGAAACGUCAGAACUACAGCAAACAGAAGAAACAGAGCAACAUGGCUACAACACGGCCACCCCGUGCCCUGCUUUGUCUCACCCUCAAAAAUCCAAUCCGGAGAGCCUGCAUCAACAUUGUGGAGUGGAAAUAUCCUUUUGGGAAACCUUUUGAAAUAAUCAUUUUGCUGACUAUUUUUGCAAAUUGUGUGGCCUUAGCCAUCUACAUCCCAUUUCCCGAAGAUGACUCCAAUGCUACAAACUCCAAUCUGGAACGUGUGGAGUACCUCUUCCUCAUCAUUUUUACAGUUGAAGCAUUUUUAAAGGUAAUCGCAUAUGGACUGCUUUUUCACCCAAAUGCAUAUCUCAGAAAUGGAUGGAAUUUACUGGAUUUUAUUAUUGUGGUGGUGGGACUUUUUAGUGCUAUUUUAGAACAAGCAACCAAAGCAGAAGGAACAAGCCCUAUAGGUGGAAAAGCAGCAGGAUUUGAUGUGAAAGCUCUUCGAGCCUUCAGGGUUUUACGCCCUUUGAGACUGGUCUCUGGUGUUCCCAGUCUUCAGGUAGUUUUAAACUCCAUCAUCAAGGCAAUGGUUCCUCUACUACAUAUCGCCUUGUUAGUGCUUUUUGUAAUCAUCAUCUAUGCCAUCAUUGGACUUGAACUUUUUAUGGGUAAGAUGCAUCGAACCUGCAAGAUAGGCAAUAUGAUUGUGGAAGAGAAGCCAGCUCCCUGUGCAGCAAAUACAUCACACGGACGGCACUGUAAAAACAAUGCAACGUGUGAACUGGGCUGGGAGGGGCCCAACAAUGGCAUCACCAACUUUGACAAUUUUGCAUUUGCUAUGUUAACUGUCUUUCAGUGCAUCACUAUGGAGGGUUGGACGGAUGUGUUAUACUGGAUGCAGGAUGCAAUGGGUUAUGAGCUUCCAUGGGUGUAUUUUGUCAGUCUGGUCAUUUUUGGAUCAUUUUUUGUUUUAAACCUGGUUCUGGGUGUUUUGAGUGGGGAGUUUUCAAAGGAAAGGGAAAAAGCCAAGGCACGUGGAGAUUUUCAGAAGCUACGUGAAAAGCAACAGUUGGAGGAGGAUCUUAAGGGCUACUUGGACUGGAUUACCCAAGCUGAGGAUAUCGACCCUGAAAAUGAAGAUGAAGGUCUAAAUGAAGAAAAGCCUCGUAACUUAAACAUGCCAACAAGUGAGACCGAGUCUGUAAACACAGAUAAUGUGGCAGGUGCUGACAUGGAAGGAGAACACUGUUGCACUAGACUUGCAAAUAGAAUCUCCAAAUCAAAGUUCAGUCGCUACUCACGCAGGUGGAACAGGUUCUGCCGAAGGAAGUGCCGAGCUGCAGUGAAAUCAAAUGUAUUCUAUUGGCUGGUGAUUUUUCUUGUAUUUCUUAACACUCUGACCAUUGCAUCAGAGCAUCACAAUCAAGCAGAAUGGCUCACUCAAGUUCAAGACACUGCCAACAAAGUCCUCCUGGCCUUGUUCACUGGAGAAAUGUUGCUGAAAAUGUACAGCCUUGGUCUGCAGGCCUACUUUGUGUCUCUCUUUAACCGGUUUGACUGUUUCAUCGUAUGUGGAGGCAUUCUGGAAACAAUCCUGGUAGAGACCAAGAUAAUGUCACCACUGGGCAUCUCCGUGCUUCGUUGUGUCCGGCUCUUGAGGAUUUUUAAAAUCACCAGAUACUGGAAUUCACUGAGCAAUCUUGUGGCAUCUUUGCUGAAUUCAGUGCGCUCUAUUGCCUCUCUCCUCCUUUUGUUAUUUCUCUUCAUCAUCAUCUUCUCACUCCUUGGAAUGCAGCUCUUUGGAGGCAAAUUCAACUUUGAUGAAAUGGACACAAAAAGAAGCACAUUUGAUAAUUUCCCACAGUCCCUACUUACAGUUUUUCAGAUUCUAACUGGAGAAGACUGGAACUCUGUAAUGUAUGAUGGAAUUAAAGCCUAUGGUGGUCCAUCCUUCCCAGGAAUGUUGGUCUGCAUAUAUUUCAUCAUUCUUUUCAUUUGUGGAAACUACAUACUGCUAAAUGUUUUCUUGGCCAUUGCUGUUGACAAUCUGGCAGAUGCUGAAAGCCUUACUUCAGCCCAGAAAGAGGAAGAAGAAGAGAAGGAGAGAAAGAAAUUGGCAAGGACUGCAAGUUCAAAGAAACAGCCAGAAAAUGAGAAGCCACCAGUGGAGCAACAGAAAAAUGAAGAAAAAAUUGAGCUAAAGUCAAUUACUGCAGACGGAGAAGUAAAUACUAGAAUAAAGAUUGGAACGGAUGAGUUCCCAGUUGAUGAAAAUGAAGAAAAGAAAUCAUAUUCUGGAAGUGACAUUUCAGGUGAUGAAGAGGAAGAACCUGAUAUGCCUGUUGGUCCUCGACCUCGGCCACUCUCUGAACUCCAUCUAAAGGAAAAAGUUGUUCCUAUGCCUCAAGCCCGUGCCUUCUUUAUCUUCAGCCACACUAACAAAUUCCGCAUUUUUUGCCAUAAGACUGUAAACCACAACAUUUUCACCAACUUAAUUCUCUUCUUCAUUCUGCUAAGCAGUAUUUCCUUGGCAGCUGAGGAUCCAGUGAGAAAUGACUCUUUCAGAAAUAGGAUUCUAGGAUAUGCUGAUUAUGUUUUUACUGGACUUUUUACAAUUGAAAUUAUCUUAAAGAUGACUGCCUAUGGAGCAUUUCUUCAUAAAGGAUCAUUCUGUCGCAACUACUUCAACAUCCUUGACUUGGUGGUGGUCAGUGUUUCACUCAUCUCAUCUGGUAUUCAGUCAAGUGCGAUUAAUGUUGUGAAGAUUCUGCGUGUGCUAAGAGUGCUCAGACCUUUGAGAGCUAUCAACAGAGCUAAGGGGUUAAAGCAUGUUGUCCAGUGUGUUUUUGUGGCAAUCAGGACCAUUGGAAAUAUUGUGAUCGUUACCACGUUACUACAGUUCAUGUUUGCCUGCAUUGGUGUCCAGUUGUUCAAGGGGAAAUUCUACAGCUGUUCAGAUGGAUCAAAGCAUACAGAAACUGAGUGCAGGGGCCACUUUAUUACCUACAAAGACGGAAAUGUGAACCAGCCAGAGAGAGAGGAGCGCAAGUGGGAAAACAGCAAGUUCAACUUUGAUGAUGUGCUCGUGGGAAUGAUGGCCCUCUUUACUGUCUCCACUUUUGAGGGAUGGCCAGAGUUACUUUACAAAGCCAUAGAUUCCCAUGGUGAAGAUGUUGGACCAAUUUAUAACUAUCGUGUGGAGAUCUCUAUUUUCUUCAUUAUCUAUAUUAUUAUCAUCGCCUUCUUCAUGAUGAACAUCUUUGUUGGUUUUGUCAUUGUCACCUUCCAGGAACAGGGUGAACAAGAAUAUAAGAACUGUGAGCUGGAUAAAAACCAGCGGCAGUGUGUGGAGUAUGCACUGAAGGCACGUCCACUGCGACGUUACAUUCCAAAGAAUCAUUACCAGUACAAAGUGUGGUAUGUUGUGAACUCCACAUACUUUGAAUACCUCAUGUUUGUCCUUAUUCUUCUUAACACCAUCUGCCUGGCAAUGCAGCAUCAAGGUCAGUCACAUUCUUUCCAUGAAGCCAUGAAUGUGCUCAACAUGCUGUUCACUGGACUCUUUACUGUUGAAAUGAUCCUCAAACUAAUUGCCUUUAAGCCUCGCGGGUACUUUAGUGAUCCAUGGAAUGUAUUUGACUUCCUGAUCGUAAUUGGCAGCAUAAUAGACGUCAUACUGAGUGAAAUCAAUCACUAUUUUUGUGAUGCAUGGAAUACAUUUGAUGCCUUAAUUGUUGUUGGUAGCAUUGUUGAUAUAGCUAUCACCGAAGUGAACCCAGGUGACACCACCUCGUCCAGCCAAACGUCUAUGGUAAGACCAAUGGGGAUACAGAGUGUGGAUGAGAACUCUCGAAUCUCCAUUACCUUCUUCCGUCUGUUCCGGGUGAUGAGACUUGUGAAGUUGCUGUCUCGUGGGGAAGGCAUUCGAACCUUGCUUUGGACCUUUAUUAAAUCAUUCCAGGCUUUGCCUUAUGUAGCUCUCCUUAUUGUGAUGCUGUUCUUCAUCUAUGCUGUAAUUGGAAUGCAGAUGUUUGGAAAGAUAGCGCUGAAAGAUGGAAGCCAGAUUAAUAGGAACAACAACUUCCAAACCUUUCCCCAGGCUGUGCUUCUCCUGUUCCGGUGUGCUACAGGUGAAGCCUGGCAGGACAUUAUGUUGGCCUGCAUUCCCCCACAGCCCUGUGAGAAGGGUUCAGACACAGAAAAUCCAGCUGAGAAUAACUGUGGCAGCCAAUUUGCAAUCUUCUACUUUGUUAGUUUCUAUAUGUUAUGUGCCUUUCUGAUCAUCAAUCUGUUUGUAGCUGUAAUCAUGGACAAUUUUGACUACCUGACCAGGGACUGGUCGAUUCUUGGGCCACAUCAUCUGGAUGAAUUUAAGAGGAUUUGGGCUGAAUAUGACCCAGAAGCUAAGGGGAGAAUUAAGCAUUUGGAUGUUGUGACACUGCUAAGGAGAAUCCAGCCUCCACUAGGAUUUGGAAAGCUAUGUCCUCACCGAGUUGCCUGUAAGAGACUGGUUUCCAUGAACAUGCCUCUCAACAGUGAUGGCACCGUAAUGUUUAAUGCCACGCUCUUUGCAUUGGUACGAACAGCACUACGCAUAAAAACUGAAGGUAAUUUGGAGCAAGCUAAUGAGGAGUUAAGAGCCAUUAUCAAAAAAAUCUGGAAAAGGACCAGCAUGAAGCUAUUGGAUCAAGUGGUUCCACCAGCAGGAGAUGAUGAAGUUACAGUAGGAAAGUUUUAUGCGACGUUUUUAAUUCAGGAAUACUUCAGGAAAUUCAAAAAGCGUAAGGAACAGGGGCUGGUUGGUAAAUCUUCACAAAAGAAUGCACUUUCUUUACAGGCUGGUUUGCGCACUUUACAUGAAAUUGGACCCGAGAUCCGUCGAGCGAUAUCAGGGGACCUCACAGUUGAGGAAGAAAUUGACAAGACAAUGAAAGAAACCACCUCAGCAGCAUCAGAGGAUGAUAUCUUUAGGAGAGCAAGUGGUUUGUUCGGUAACCAUGUCAACUAUUUUCCAAGUGAUGGACGAAACACCUUUCCCCAGUCCUUCACGACUCAGCGUCCCCUUCACAUUAAUAAAGCAGGGAGCAGCCCAGGAGAGCUGGAAUCUCCAUCACAUGAGAAGCUGGUAGACUCCACCUUUACUCCCAGCAGCUAUUCUUCCACGAGCUCCAAUGCAAACAUCAACAAUGCAAACAACACAGCUAUCUUUCGAUUUACCAACGCAGCAAACAACCAGAAUAUCAACUGCACUGUUGAGGACAAAAAGACACCUCACCCAACCACGUCAUGGCAGCUUACUUCAAACAGUUCUGAGUCUGGUGUUAGUCAUCAGCCUUUCCCCUGUCAAGAUGAGCAGUCCCCAGAUGGAAUGUAUGAGAAUUUCAACAGUGAUCCAGAUUACUGCAAUCAGAUGAGCAUGGUGUCAUCAGAAAUGCUGCUUCACAAGGAUGAAGAAUGUAAACAACUUGCACCUACAGAAAGAGACAAUAGAUGGCAAGAGGGGAAAAGCUGGCCAUCAGUGAAAAAUAAUUUUAUAUGUACAUCAGGCAGAAGAUCGUCCUUUCAUCUGGAAUGUCUGAGGAGACACAAAUAUCAAGUGUCAGAUGUUCCUCAAAGAACAGUAUUACCGCUCAAUUUAGUACAUCAGCAGGCCUUGGCUGUAGCAGGAUUGAAACCACUCUUCAGACAAAGUCAUUCACCACCAUUACUCCCACUUCUCUGUACCACAUCUUCAGAUUCUCCUUGCAACAGAGGCUGCCCAUACCAGUUUGUUCCGACCUUGCAACUGGAGAGUGCCAGCUCCUACGUUAAGUUGAACACUAGCCUUCCAUCUGUAAACUGUGGUACAUUACACACAGACAACGCAAACAGCAGUUCUCAGAAUCUGCAGUCAGUUACACUCAUGCUGCCCAACCAAAUCACGGACUUGGAACAACAGUGUCAUGGCAGCGCGGGCAGUCUGGUGGAAGCAGUUCUCAUCUCAGAAGGACUGAACCACUUUGCUCAAGACCCUUCCUUUAUCGAAGUGGCUAAGCAAGAAAUUGCAGAUGCUUGUGAAAUGACUAUAGAGGAAAUGGACAAUGCAGCUGCUAAUAUUAUUAAUGGCAACAGCCUACCCAGUCCAAAUGGCAACAUUAUACCCUUUCUUAGUUGUAAGGGCAGUGAAGCUCAACAAAACAAGCCACAGGAAUACCUUGCGGAGGACCUUGAGCAAGGUGAAAGGGAUUGUGGGAUUGCUAAAGAAGAAAAAACUUUUCAUAUUAGCACUGCAUAAAACAACAGACCAUGCAGUAAUCGAGGUGUUUUAUUGGAUAUCUUUUCCUUCUGCUUGUUUUAUUUGUAAGAGAAACUAUGAUCUAGGUUUGUUUCUGAAGUGCCUCACAGUCUUCGUUCCCCUCAAGGAGCUAAAGGGGAGAGAAAAAAAAAAAAGUACUUGUUUUACUUUUCACAUGGAAAAGGGUGAACCAGCAGUUAAAGCUCGUUUGUCCUGAAGUUAAUCAUUUAUAUCUGACGUGCAAGUCACAAAAUGGAUGCAAUCUGUCUGUGUUCAGGACCAGAGCAGAAGAGACAAAUGGAAACAUUGCCUCUUUUUGUCUCCUCCUUUUUACAAUCAAAUGAAGACAAUUCCUUGGACAGAGCAGUAGACUGCUGUUGUGUGAAUAUUCCUUGUGUUCAGUUCUUACAAAAAUAUUUUAUAAGGCAAAAAUCCAAGGGAUAGCACCAUCUGCUGCCAAAUACCUCUACUUUGACUUUUUUUUUUUUUUUUUUACCAUUUUCUUUUUUGUACACUCAAAUUAGCGGUCUGCCUCAGUUUGAUGGAUUGAUGUGAAGCAGACAGGGCUAAGGUAGGGGUGGGGCAGUGGGGAAUAUGAAAGUGCAAGUCUGGCCUGAAUCUAUGCUGCAGCCCUUAUGAGUGAAGAAUGUACAGAUUUGCUAAGCUAGUCAGGGCACAAAUACAACAUGAAGAUGUUUCAUUUCCUUUGGUACCCUGCCUAAUAUUGCUUUGAGAAACAGAGACAGCAUCGAGUAUGUGCUAGCAAGUUGUGAACUGACUGGGCAUUUUAAGGAAACUGUAUCCCACGUUAUCUUUGGCAAAUUCAGUUUUAUUUGAUUUCUCCCUUUUUUUAAAAUUUAAAACAACAAAGCCUGUUUUUGUUUGUUUCAUGAUUUUAAAUAGUAACGCUUGUAAGAUGAUUUUUAUUACUUUACCGCCGUCUUUUUCUCUCUCUCCCCCCUAACUACCCCACCCCUCACUCCUAUUUGAAAAGCUGCACCAUGUAGUUCAAGUUGUGUUUUGGGUAAAACAAGUGACAAUUGUGGCAUAUGAUUGAAAGGCACUUAACUCAUUUUAUAUGCUUAUGUUUGUGUGUGCCUAUUUUUGUACACUGAUGCCCAUGAAGUGGGUGCCCAUGGGUGACUGAUUGUGUGUUCUUUCACAAGAUAUGCAAAAACAAUGCAAUAACAUACAUGACUGUGUAGAGGUCUCAAAAGCAACUGUAUGGAAAAGGAAAAAAAUCCAGAUGAUUUAUACUUUUGAGUUUAUUGAGUUGAUGAUCUUUCCUUUGAAAAAACUGUUAUACUUGAAAUCAGGUCAAUUUCAAUAUUUUAAGAAAAUGAUCUCGUGACAAGUAAUUCCUUUGUCAUUUUCUUGUACGUUAUUAAUAUUCUAUAGUUACGUUUACUGAUUUCAUUAAUUGUGUAUUUACUGCAUGGAUUUCUUUUUAGUAUUCUACUGUGCCAAGUUAUGCAUUUGAGCUAAUAAAUGAUUUUAUUGGUUAAGGGGUAUAUAACUUAUGUAGUUUCUUAAAAGAAAAACUGUACAUAUUGUUGUUAUUUAGGAAUACACAAGGGCAUACUGUAUUUUAUAUAGACUGAUUUUGCAUAUCUUGUGUUGAUUGGUUUUGAUUUUUUUUGUUAUUUUUUUCCUUGGAAUUGAAUGUAUUUUUCUUCUUCUCCCCUUCAUGAUGUCCCUGCUAGUUGAUUUUGCAGGAACAUUUCAUUUGUCAGCCUUGGUGCAUCUCUCAAGAGUUUGCUGGCAAAUGAGGACUUAAAUCAAUUCUAUUGUAAAACAAAUAUAUAUAUAUAUAUAAAUCUGAUUCUAUGGGUUUUUAAAA